UCGCCGUUCACAACAGUUGAGCGAUAUGUUUAGUCGCUGCCUGCAAAAUGAUGUGACCAGUCGGCAGCACAACACAAGAGCAAGAGCAACAACUGCUGCAAUUUUACGGGUUUCCAACGUUUAUAAAUUGCAGAUAUGGAGGACAUUUUCCACUGGUGCCGCGAGGGCAACUCAAUUCAAGUGCGCCUCUGGCUGGAUGAGACCGAGCAUGACAUGAAUUUGGGCGAUGAUCAUGGCUUCAGCCCGUUGCACUGGGUCGCCAAGGAGGGGCAUGCCAAGCUUGUGGAGACACUGCUGCAACGCGGCGCCCGCGUGAAUGCCACCAACAUGGGCGAUGACAUUCCCCUGCAUCUGGCCGCCGCCCACGGGCAUCGCGAUGUUGUGCAAAUGUUGCUGCGUGAACGCUCGGAUGUGAAUGCUGUGAAUGAGCAUGGCAACACACCGCUGCACUAUGCCUGCUUCUGGGGCUACGACAUGAUAUGCGAGGAUCUGUUGAGCGCCGGCGCGUUGGUGAGCAUUGCCAACAAGGAUGGGCACACGCCCAUCGACAAGGCCAAGCCCAGUCUGGGCAAGCGCAUACAGGAUCUGGCCGAGAAGAAUGGCCAGGAGAUGAAGGUCAUCAGUUUCAAGGAGCAGGGCUGGCUGGGCAUGAAAACGCGCUCACGAGACGCCACCUUGUCGCGCUUCAAGGGCAUCAGCAUGGGCGACUUGGACUUGCACACGAAGAUUUCGGUGACGCCCUCCGGCGAAACGUGGCGCGGACGCUGGCAAAAGAACGAUGUCAUAGCCAAGAUUCUUGUCGUGCGGCAGUGCACGUCGCGCAUCUCGCGUGACUUUAACGAGGAGUUCCCCAAGCUGCGCAUUUUCUCGCAUCCCAACAUUUUGCCCAUCAUUGGCGCCUGCAACUCGCCGCCCAAUUUGGUGGUCAUUAGUCAGUUUAUGCCACGCUCAUCGCUGUUCAAUCUGCUGCACGGCGCAUCGGGCGUUGUGGUGGACACCAGCCAGGCCGUGAGGUUCGCCUUGGAUAUUGCACGCGGCAUGGCCUAUUUGCACUCGCUGGAACGGAUUAUACCCACAUAUCAUCUGAAUAGUCAUCAUGUCAUGAUCGACGAUGAUCUGACGGCGCGCAUUAAUAUGGGCGAUGCCAAGUUUUCGUUCCAGGAGAAGGGUCGCAUCUAUCAGCCCGCAUGGAUGUCGCCCGAGGCGCUGCAGCGAAAGCCAGCCGAUCGCAACUGGGAGGCGUCCGAUAUGUGGAGCUUUGCAGUCAUCAUCUGGGAGCUGACCACACGUGAGGUGCCCUUCGCCGAAUGGUCGCCCAUGGAGUGCGGCAUGAAGAUUGCGCUCGAGGGACUGCGCGUCAAAAUACCACCCGGCACCUCGUCGCACAUGGCCAAGCUCAUAUCGAUAUGCAUGAACGAGGAUCCCGGCAAGCGGCCCAAAUUCGAUAUGGUUGUGCCCAUACUGGAGAAGAUGAACUCCAGCGCAGUCAAAAAUUAGUCAAAAUCGAAAUUUUACAAAGCCAAUAUGUGCCUGUUUACAAAAAGUGUGUAGCUAACAACGAAACGGAAAACGUUGAAAAGUGGAGCGAAAGGAUGUGCUCGUAGGAUGUGUUUUGCCAACUAAUUAUACUAUACUUUGUGUUUAUUUACUGAGA